CAGAAACGUCACCAAAAUGGCUGACGGACCGACAAAAACAGAUAUUCAGACUAUUUUCAAGAGACUACGCUCUAUACCGACAAAUAAGCAAUGUUUUGAUUGUGGAAGCAACAACCCAACAUGGGCCAGUGUUACAUAUGGAGUGUUUCUAUGUAUAGACUGUUCAGCCGUACACAGAUCACUUGGUGUCCAUGUCACAUUUAUACGUUCCACACAACUUGAUACAAACUGGACAUGGUUACAGCUAAGGGCCAUGCAAGUUGGUGGCAAUGCCAAUGCUGGUUCAUUUUUCCGACAACAUGGUUGUACAACACACGAUGCUCAGCAGAAAUAUCACAGUCGAGCUGCAAGAAUGUAUAAAGACAAAUUACACGCUUUAGCCACACAAGCUAUGAGACUUCACGGUACUAAGAGGUUGUUGGAGACGAAGAUAGGUCAGGAUGGCAAGUUGCCUUCAAUAAGGCAAACAGCUGAUGUGAAAUUACAUAUAGAGAGUCAUCAUGAUCCGCAGUCACCUGAGGCAAAAGAAAUUGACUUUUUUGCUGAACAUUCCGACGUACAGCGCGAGGAGGAGGAACGGCCUAACAUGCCUGUCACAGAAAGUCAGAAGCUUACACAGCCAAUCUCUAUUGAAAAUGGAAGCCUUAACAAAAAAGAGGCAGAGCCUCUUGGUGAAGGGGAUGGGCCAAAUGUAGAACACGCCUUAAGUAUGUCUCCUACAGAAGCACUGGCCAAAGCAGAGCCUAGAAAAGCUCUUAUAGGGGCCAAGAAAGCUCCAGCGAAGAAAGGGAAAGGAGGAUUCGGAGCUCAGAAGGUGAAGACAGAUUUUAAGGAGAUAGAAAGUCGAGCUGAACAGAGAGAUAAGGAUAGAGAGUCAAUGGCCGCCAACAUGGCUAUACAGGAGGCAAAGACUAAAGAGGAACAGGAAAAACAACUGGCUAGUAUGCGACUAGCCUAUCAAGACAUGAGCAUGGAAAGGAAAAAACAAGAGGAGAAAUUGAAAACUUCAGAUCCAAAGAAAGCCGAGCAGAUGGAAAGACUAGGGAUGGGAUAUGGUGGAUCAAGAGGUAUAAGCCAUUCAGCAAUGACAGAUAUGCAGACUAUAGAACAGGAAGGUGUAGACAAUAACAGAUUCAAUGCAGACAAAUAUGAAAGACGUAGCAAUAAAAAUUCCUUCUUUGAAGAUGAACUGGAAUCUUACAGUGGUGGUUUCUCGUCAGGACCACCAAAAUACGACAGCCCGUUCGGUACAUCAGAAAGAAGUCGUAAGAAUGAUGACUUCAGUAGUGGAUGGGGAUCCAGUAACAGUGGAGGUGGCUGGGGUAUGGACAGAUUCGAAUCCAAACAAGACUCAUUCUCAGAAACUUCAAGACAAGAUGACAGCAAUGCGGAAGAAGAGAAUGAGGAUGAUGGACCAGCUCGUACUAGGAAGACAUACGAUAAUACACCAUCAUCUGGCACUGAUGCCCAGAAAAAGUUUGGAAAUGCCAAGGCCAUCUCAUCAGACCAGUUCUUUGGCAAAAAUGAUAUGGAUUUUGAAACACGACAGAACUUGAACAAGUAUGAGGGUUCUUCUAGUAUAUCGAGUGACGAUUUAUUUGGAACUGGUAAUAAAUCGCGUAAAUCUGGCUCAAGUGGCGGGUACUACGGCAGUGGCCCAGACUUUCAGGAUGUGAAGGAUAGCGUGAAACAAGGAGUGUCAAAGGUUGCUGGAAGGUUGUCUAACAUAGCUAGUGGUGUGAUGAGCUCAUUACAGGACUGAACCAGCAUACAGUAUGUGCUACAAUAUGUUGUGUGGAUAAAUAUGGAUCUUAGUUUAAAAUGGAAAUAACUCAAAAGAAAACAUUGAAUAUACAUAGAAGACCAGACAGCCAGGUAGCCCUUGCUUGUGGAACAUCUCAAAGUCAAAGGUUACAGCCAAAGGUCAAGGUCGCCCAACAGCUAAAGACUGAGGAUUAUAUUGGUUUUACUGUUGUUACAUUACUGAGGUUUAUAGAUUUCACAAGCCAGUUGUAGCAGCGCUGGAAUGUUUGAUGAUAAGGAAAAUUAUUUAGGUUUAACUGAGGUUAUUGUGUUCAAAAUUUAAGUCUGUGUAUUUAUUCGUACUAUUGAAAUUAUAGGAAAAUAGGGAAAAAAUUAUGUAAAACAUGCCAAGGUCCCUAUUUUCAAAGUGACCCUUUAAGGUGAUGCUAAUACUGUACUGCUCGGAUUCAUGUUGUAGUGAAGACUUCAGCAGAGUAUGGAGUAACUGUCACAUAAAAAAUAAAAAUUGACCAAAUGAUUGAUAUAUUGUGAUCCAGUAAAAAGCAUACAAAACACAAAGUAAAUCUAGGAUUUGCAUAUACCAUCCUUUUAUUUGAACUUCUGAAUGUAAUAUUCGAACAUUUGGAAAUUAAAAGUGGAAUUUGUCACAUGAGACAGAUGGAUAAGAUUUAUUUCCCAUCAGCAAUUUGUCUACCACAGUAGGAUUUCUCACUGAAAACUUUAUAAUGAUUACUGGUAACAAUAAAUGUUUGAAAUAUUCACUAUAUUCUAAUCAAUCCAGUGGUUUCACUUGAUUUUAUUGCAGUCUAAAUUAGAAUUGAUCACAUGUUCACAGUGUCAACUUAUUGAAAAUGCAUGAUGUUCACAAUAGUAAUAUUUGCUGUCAUUUACAAAGAGCAGUUGAUUUGGAAAUUUAAUUUUUGGAAAACUUUAUGAGAACUAUAGAUUAAAUAAACAUUUGGAAGUCUUUUUCUGUUUCCCCAGUAAAAAUUACAUUCUGAAAGAAGUGAUUUUUCUCUUGUUUUAUUUGAUUUACUCUGAAAACGAGGUGAAGUGCUUUCAUGGGUAAUGUAGCUCUGCUUUGUAAAUAGUUAAGAUAUUUCAGGUAAUCCAUUAUUCUUUUUUUUUUGGAAAAAAAAAAAAAAAGACAUAACCUUAAGCUUAGCCUGUCUCAUUAGGUUAGAUUUUAAUAAAUCAAAAGGCUUCAUGUUGAUUAUUCAUAUGCUGUUUUUUUGUUUUAAAUAAUGUGAUACUAUACCUUCAGAAAUAAAAGAGAAUAUGCUGUGAAUUUACUAAAAAAAAAAAAAGUGCAAUCUGCUUGCAUAAUUAUCAUGUUUAAGUAUAUAAAAUGCAAAAUUUUCAUUCUUCAGAAAUGAAUGGCAAGACUGAAGAAAUAGGACCGUGGUUUGCCGUUUUCUUCCUUGUCCCAUUUUGGGAUUUAUUAAAACAGAGUUAAUAUUUUGAUAAAUCAUUCUCUUGACCUGUAGAAACAAUGCAGAAAAAACUUUCUGUCUGAUCUACCUAAUCUGUGACAGGGUUUUAUGUGAAUUGUGACUGUACAUUUUGUAUUUUGAAAGAUGUAGAUAUAAAUAAACAUUAUUCAAAAGUAUCUGAGGGUGGCACAUGUAGUACAAUUUUAUUAAAUUUUUAAAAUAUCAUUUUGGGCACAAGUGUACUUUCCAGUUAUAAAAACUUGGGAGAAAUCACAUUUAUAAAAAAAACACUUUUUUAACUUGUUGGAUGAAAAUGUUGCUUUAAUGCUAAGUUAGAUAUACUGACCAUUUUGUAACAGUCCAUUAUGUCAAUAAAGUCAGAAUUAAAAAAAAAAUGUGUCAAAAACUGUCAAUAAAUUCAGAAAUAAUUAUGACAGAUAGAGGUACAAAUUUUAUUUAAAGUUGGCGAUACAUUAUGAUAUUUUGAAAAUUUAAAUAGCUCCUAUUAUCACCAUUUGGAAUUUUUUAGAAUGAUAUAUAAUACUAAUGAUAUUGUUUCAUAUUUAAAAAGAAACCAAGAAAAACCCUUGGUGUGGAAAAGGUGGAUGAAACAGUUAUAUAAAUACCAUUUUUGAGGGUAAACUUCUCUACAAACACUUCAAAUGUUCAGGGAUUUAGGAAAAGUUUUGAUAAGAAAUAUUCCUCUCCAUGAGCAAUGUUUUCAGGUUUUGAUGUUUAUUAAUGUAUAAGUGAUAACUAGUAAAACACUUAGCAGACUUUUGUUGUUCAGCAGAAGGCAAAAUGUCAUAUUUAUCAUCAUGCACAUUAAACCAUAUCCUUCAUGUGGUUAUUGAAAUGGAAUUUCAAGUCAUUUCAUUUUGUAUUCAUGCUAGUUUGAGUGUGACCAUAUUAUACAUCUGUUUACUUUGUCACAGUACUUCUUGUUUUAAGUGCAGCAUUUAAAAAGAGUUUUAAAGUAAUCCUGAAAGCAUUUACCGUAUUUUCCCGUAUUAACGCCCCCGGGGGCGUUACAUUUUCCAAAGAGGGGGCGUUUAUUUGAGGUAAAAAAAUAAAAAAUGAAAAUUUUUACAAAACUUAAAAACAUCGUUCAAACUAGCUGUAAAGUGUUUCUGUGUUGUUUAAUCCCCCUAAAACGUAAUUAUUUGGCAUCCAAUUUAAUGCAGUGUGUCUUUUAUGCAUUUAAAUACGGUACCUCGUGUAUUCCAUGUCUGGCUUUUUGACACGCUCGCGACACUACACAUUACGUCAUGACCCAAACAGCUGUGUACUCCGAUAACAUUUUCCUUAGUACAUGCGGGUAGCUAAUUGCGCAAUACACAAUGUCAAUGGUUUGACACGCUGCUGUGCCUGCUUUUAAAUUAAAAGUUCUUAAAACUGCCGAAGAAAAGGGUAUAUCGUAAACACAUUGCUGCAAGUUUGUUUAAAGUCGGCAGGAAGCGUGUGCGCGAGUGGUGUAAAAACAAAUCAAAAAUGUAUUUACCGUUUAGUUUUCUGUUACGUACCGUACUUAGUACAAAUGUUUUGGACUUACGGUACAUGGACUGUUUAAAAGUGUGUUUAAUUUUAAAUACAUUGGACUUUAGUACUGUAAAUUACUUAUUAUGUGGACUUAUAAAAAUGAGGUAGGUGAUUUUUUCCCGUUCUUGUUGACUUUUUUCCCCCUCCAAAAUGGGUGGGGGGCGUUAAUUAGAGGGGGGGCCUUAAUUCGGGAAAAUACGGUACAUUUUUUCCCUGAUUAAUUUGGUGUGUUUGUGUUCAUGUCACAUGCUAACUAGGAUAUAUAUGGUAAAAUCUAAAACUUUUGGGUAAAGGUCAAGGUCAUAUAGAAAAGACUAGCUAUUGAAGACAAUUUUCAAGACUGUUUGUAAUUGUAAGUUAUGUUUGUUUAAUUCCUCGGGUAUAUGCGGACUAUCAAGAUUUUAAGAUAUAUUGUUUUCUAUUUCACCUCGAAGAUAAGUUCAUGUCUAUGAAAUUAGCUAACUUAUUACACAACUGAUAAACUUAGGGCAUUUCCUCAGUAAUAUAUCAUUGUUUGCUUGCCUGGAAUAGUCGUUAUAUAUACAUAUACAAUUCAAUAUAUUUGAUAUUGUUUUAUUAUUGGGUUUCACAGGUAUUAGAUUUGUCUUACAUAAACAACAUGGUUGUAAAUGUGACAAUUUGCAAUUACUUGUAUUUAGAUCUGUUAAUCUCUUGUUCAUUAUUUAUUUGAAGUACACAUGUAAUAAUUUUAUUAUUUAAAAAGGAAGUUGACUAAUUCAACAUUAUUUUUGCCUGUGUGUAACUUUCCUCAUUUACAUGAUUUCUUAUAAACUUGUAACAAAAGUAGUUCCAGUCAAUAUAUUUAUUCUGAAUUUUACAUAUAUUAAUAAUUAAUAAUGGAUUAAUUCAACUUGAGAUUUUUGCUAUGUUGUCAAGCUGAAGACCAGUUGGAGUAUUUUUUUUUUAGUAUGAUUUGCGCUUAUUGACAAAAAUGACCAAGUUGUUCUCAUUUUUUGGUGUAGUUUUUUCAGUAUAUGUGUGUAUGAUUGUGUAUGUUUUGUUUGUACAUUCGACUCUGUGUAUAUUUUGCUCAUCAGACUGGUGAAAUUGUGAGAUGUGGUUGAAUUUAUGGGUUAAAUACAUUUCUGGUACAGAUAUCCCUAUCAGUUAAAGUGGUACAUACAUAACGUUUCAUGAGAGUAAUCUAUUUAUGAAAAUAAAGCAUUGAAAAAUUA